AUGGUUACGAUGGGGCAAAAGCACUGCUUCCUUCUCGCAGCGUUCCUUCUCCUCGUCCUCGCCACCCUCCCAGAUUCAGCUUCAGGAUCUGGUGCGGUGCAAUUCCCCCCUCCCUCUCCCUUGUAUCGAAUCCUCUCGCUCCGUCACCGUUUCCCUACCCUCCGCAACUCGCCGUGCGUCGUCCCGUCCGCGUUUCUGCCACCCGUACCCCCUCUUUUUUUCCCAACCCCCCCCUCUCUCCCCUUCGUCCCGUCUGCCAUUCUUCUCUUCCCCCUUUCUUCCCUCUCCCUUUAUCCUGGAAGCCUCCAGCAGCCCAACUUUCUAAAGCGCUUCGUGACGACGUGGCGGCAGUGGCACCGCGCGGUGAUCUCCCGCUCGUCCGCGUCAACAUUGCUGCAGCACCGGCGCUACCUCAGCGCCGACCCGGCGGAGGCUGCUGACGCGGCGCGCGUGCUGCGCCGACGUGGCGGGUGGUGGCACGACGCGGACGGCCAGGCGUACGUUUCAACUUCUGGAGACGAGGCGAUACAGGAGGUGACUGGUGACGUGGCAGAAGGCGUCGUUUCGCGGAGACGGAGAAAGCUGGCGGAAGGGGAUGCGGCGGGCCCGUGCACUCCCCUCGCUGACGCCAAACUCAUUACAGUCACAACUGAAGAAGAUAUUGCUAAGCGGACACAGUACACCAACAAAGAAACCGUUAUCCUGGAAUUGGCUAACGACAUUACUCUUUCCAAGGGACUCGUUUUCGACGCCGCGUAUAGGUGCACCAUCUUCCGGUCGGGCGCAGCUAAAGCGAACUACAAAAUUGCUUAUAUGGGGGACAGGGAGCCACUGUUGCUUAUAGCGAACACCAGCAACGUGAUCAUCCUUCACAUUAAUUUCUGGAUGGGUGUAACAAUGAGGUCCCCGGAGUGUACUGAUUUCCUGUACACGGAUCUUGGCUCGGGUAACACGUGUCCUACAAUAAUGCUGUGGCGCGUGCACAACACGCAGGUCGCCAAGGGCUCUUUCUACGGGCGUAUUGAUGUCCUCCGAGCCAUGUCGUCGCGAGUUGACAGCAUGAAGGGUACCGGGUUACCACUGUUCGUCAAGUCCCCUGGCGUCAUUCGAGUGUCCUUUUCGGGGUAUGGGCCAGCUCUCCUCAAGUCAUGGGUCGCCAUCACGAACAAUGAAGUGUAUGGCGUGGAUCAGCCAAUCAUUAUUCUAAACGGCGCAGUCGGGGUGACGGAACGUUAUCACAGACGUGAUAAUGAAGGGGACGCAGAAUACACCUGGUUGGGUUGCGUGCUUCACGCCCACGAGCAACAACUGUCUCACACACUCUGGGAAGUACUGGGAGGAAAUGCGGCUAAAAUACUACAAUUCACCCGCGAUAUUGAAGGAGUACCCAUGGUUUCCUACUGUGUGCAAGGAAAGGGCAAUUAA